AAUUAAGCUGUUGUUGGACAUUACUAUAUAAGGAUCUUAUCCUGAUGACAAGCCUUCUAAUAGAGGCUGAUGACCUGCCCCACCACUCCUCGGAAUACCGCAGUCCCUUCAACAGAUAUCUAUUCAUCAAUAGAUUUUCGCCGCGGGUUCCGCGUCCGUAUCGGAAUUUGACUAAUCACACCGUGCUGGGUCGCAGUCCGCAAUGAUUUCCUUGUCCCCUUUUGUAGUCGGGGAGAGCUGCGGUCGCAGCACCAGCGAAAGCGCAAACGCUUAAUAUACGCCACCCUUAACACAGAGCGCUAUCCAUUGAUACGCAGUGGCCUCUACUAGCGACAUCACAUCAGGACUAGCUGUGGGGACUACCAAGACAGCGAUGAGAAACGCUCUCCUCGUGAUUUCCUCACUGUGCUAUUCUGUUUUUUCACUACCACUCGUUCAACUAGCUCAAGGCCUUGUCGCAGGUCUUAGUGCGCCCCAAUUCGAUCAGGAUUAUUUUCUGGGCAUUCCCUAUGCUCAGCCUCCAUUGGGCCAAUUAAGGUUUGCAAAGCCCCAACCACUGAAGCCGAAUCCGAGUCACAAGGUGGACGCCACCAAGUACGGAAAAGCAUGUUUUCAACCGCUUGAUUUCGCCCCGGGCUUGACAGUCUCCGAUUUGUCAGAAGAUUGCCUUUCUAUCAAUAUCUUCCGACCCUCGAACUUGCCCCAUGGUGCAAAACUCCCUGUGAUGGUUUGGAUCUAUGGAGGGAGUUUUCUUUAUGGUGCGUCGCAACUAUAUAACGGCUCGGCGAUCGUUGGGCAAAGCGUUGUGCUGAACGAAUCUAUCAUCUACGUCUCCUUCAAUUAUCGUCUAAACGCCUUUGGUUUCCUUGGAGCCCCUGAACUGGCACAUGAUUCUGCCAUCGGAACGCUCAAUGCUGGCUUAUACGAUAUGAUCAGUGCACUGAAAUGGGUGCAAGAGAAUAUCGGAGCUUUUGGAGGAAACAAGGAUCGAGUGACCGUAUUUGGCGAAUCGGCAGGCGCGAUUGGGAUUGGGUCUCUCCUCGUUGCUGGAGGCGGACAAUUUGUGAAACAGCACAAUCUAUUCCAUGGUGCCAUCAUGGAGAGCGGAGCUCCAGCAAGCCUGACCAUCGUAUUCCCCAGUCUCGCCAUUCCCACUGUAUCCGAUCUCCUACCAUCAACAGAUAUCUUUGCCGCAGUAGCAGGUUGUCCCCCAGGAUCCAAUUCCUCGAUCAUAUCAUGCCUUCGUUCAAAACCUUCUGAAUCACUUUACCAAGCAUCACUCGUGACAUUGAAUGCGAGCGACGCGCUCCCUUUCAACCGGGUUGUGGAUGGGUUCUUUUUCAGGAAACGUGCGGCAGAAGAGGUGAGAAGGGGUAACGUGGCAACUGUGCCUAUCAUCACGGGAUGCAAUCUCGACGAAGGAACGUUCUUCGUACCCCACACGUUCAAUACUACAGGAGAAGUUGGGGAUUUUCUCAUAGGAUCGACUUACGUUGGAAAUCUCAGCGUAGCAACGCCAGAGCAAAGAAAGCUUUUCAAGAUCCUUCUGGAGUUGUACCCUGAUGUCCCCGCGAUCGGAAGCCCCUACGAUCCGGUCGGGGUGAGUAAGGACGACCGGUUCUUUGGGCCGAAUAAUCAAUUCAAGAGAGCUGCGAGUUUACUUGGGGAUUUUAUCUUCCAUGGUGGUCGACGCGCUUUGCUGGAUUCGUAUGUCAAGCAUGAUGUAUAUUAUCCAGCGUGGACGUACCUUUAUACACAAGUGACUCCGGGAGUACCAGCAUACCUGGGUAUCUUUCAUGGAAGUGAGGUACCGUCCGUAUUUGGCCUGUAUGACUUUCAGAAUAGGACCUUAGAUCUGGGCAGAACUUCGUUAUAUAUGGUCAGCGCUUGGGUCGCUUUCGCAAAUUCCUUUGAUCCUAAUCGCCCAUACUUGCCUGGCCUAGGUACGGAAGGCAACACCGCAUGUUACAAAUUGGGAAUGGGCACUUCGAUGUCAUCACCGAUGAUUUCCGAAAGAACGGAAUAGAAUUCUUGCAGAGGAAGGACUUUACGGACGCGCUUAAUUUCUAAAGUUCCUUUUGGGGGCUUGACACUUCUGCACGUCCGUGCGGUCCGUGGCUGCCGAUUAUUUGCAUGUGGCUAGCUCUGUGGUCUCAAACCUGAAAAAGGCGAUGACUUCGAUUCGGGCAUCAACCUUCUGCCACUUGUUGAG